AUCGAUGAUCAUCGAUUCGCGUCGCGAGCAUCCCUAAUUCAAAUUUCAAACUUAUAAUCCAUUAUCAACAUUACUGAUUUACGCAUUAAAAUAAAGACCCAUUUUUUAAAAUCCUUUUAAAAUGGAUACGGUUGUUAAAAGUAUGUUAGAAGAUGAUGCAGAGGAAGAAAAACAGGGUUUGGUAUUGUUUGGAAGAGAUUUAUCAAAGAUACCUUGUUUUCGUGAAAGCUUUUUCUAUGGAAUAGUAUCAGGAGUCGGUGUAGGAUUUGGAUCAUUUAUGAAGACGUCUAAACCCAUGUUAUCACAGCAUAUUGGAUUUGGCACCUUUACUAUGACCACACUUAUAUACUGGUCAUAUUGUAGAUGGCAGUGGUCUAAACAGAGGUUUGACGCGGAAUUACUACAAGAAGCUGUUAAAAAUAAAAUAAAAUAUGAAGGAACAAUUGUUGAAAAGGAAUUAGAAAGUAAAGGUAUUCUUAAAUCAGCAUAACAAUGAUUUGCUACAAAUUAUAUUUCUCUUGUUUUUUUGCAUUUUGCAAGUGAGGUACUUUUAUGACUGAAAUCCAUUUUUAAUUAUUUAUUUGAAAUAUCUAACAUGUACUAAUACAAUAUUAUGACAAAUUUAUUUUUUGAACCGUCUUGCCUUUUGUAUAAUUUCAUUGCAUAAGUUAAAAAUACUAACAAUUGAAUUGAGUUGAGGUCCUUGUAGUGUUACAUAUUUGUAGAUAUAUGAUUUUAAGAAAAUAAAAUAUAUUAUAUAUUUUUAAGUAGAAUAGUUUCAUGUACUGAUAGUAAUUAUUAGAAUAUUUAAAUAAAUUGAAUAAAAUUAUAAUAUAAAAUGGAA